ACAUGAAUGUGCAUAUGCACGUAGUAGUUGGGGUACGUACAUACACAUAUAUACACACACACAUGUACCCGGAUCCAUCUGCUACCAGCCUCGUUCUCUGCUGCUGCCCUGCAUUGACUGUCUUCUGUAACAAGAGUCUGGUGUAGAUGGGUGGUACCGGUAUGUCCAUCUAUCCAUCUGAGAAAGGCCUUUGCCAAACACGAACAAUCAUUUACUCGGUCUAUUGUAUCCAAGUAAGUAAUCCACCACUGUCAUCCGUCUCUCCCUUUGUGCAGCCUCCUCUCCACUCGCACCAACAACCCAUGGCGAGCGAGCCACAGGCGGCGGCUACAGGGAAACUCACCCCAACCACCCGGCCAAUCACGCGCCAGAUGAGCUCCACCUCCACUCUACAGAUCCUUGACAUCCUUGACCCUCCACCAUCUCGUCCUCUUGGCCGCCCACUCACGGCCUGCUUGCUUCCUUUCCUUCGCCUCCGUCUUCGCACUCGACUCAGUUGCUGCAAAGUCUGUCUAGUACAGCUUCUUUGUAUGUUGAACCAGUGUUGUCAUGUGUAGCCGUGAUUUGCUUCGGUAUUCCAUCAUGUUUGUCUUCUCCGAAGCCCAAUCCUUCCAAAUGACAUCGAGAUGAGACCUGCCUUACUAACGGAUACUUGGAAACUCAUCCGACAUAUUUCCUGAUCAAACCCUUCCUUGCUUGUAGUCACAGACGCAUGUAACUUCUGCGAUGCGAUUCUUCUAUCCGAGUUCAAGGACAUAAUCUGUUAAUUGGCAGUCUUGGACGCAUCCGUUUGACACGCGAACGAAGGUACAAUGUGGUGGAUGGAAGGCCAUCGGCUGAAUGAGGCUUAGCGUCAGCAAUGACUAGCGUUGGCCCGCGCAAGGGUGUGGUGUUUACUUUUGCCCGGCACCCAAACAGUGGAUCAACACAACAGAAACCACCACCACCUCCUCCUCCAUCAACAAGCCCACGGCGCCGCACAACCGUCAACCCGUCGAUUCCGCGGCGUGAGCAGCAUGCUCAUGUGAGAUUUAUACUUGUUGUUGACACAAUUGUAUCCAUUACUCUCGACAUGGAUUCCUCCACCGAAAAUCAGGUCACUUCGAAGCCUACCGGCUUGCGGCCACCGACCAAGAUACAGCUGCCAUCCUCCCCCGUUCUGUCGCGCUCCAACGGCUUGACUGAGAUGACGGCAGCUGCUGCCAAUUCUCGCAGCGCAAUGGCUCCACCGCCGCUCAACGCCGCUACCAAACACAAACCAUCAAAUUUGCCUGAGCCUGAUGCGAAACAACGAAAGACGCUCGCGGAACGUGCCGGCGAACCUCACAACUCCAAGAUUGCCGCUCCCUCCAGCUCAAGGCAAGCCUACACAAAUGGCAGACAGGGCAGUGCGAACGGCGCGAACGGGUUUUCGGCUUCCAUGUCCCGCGUACCUUCGAACAGGGCUCCCAAACACAAUCCUGGUAAAUCUUUGGGCAACAGCGUAGGUCAUCAUGGGUCACGGGCACCCAGUGCGCAUAACAACUACGGAGGAGCGCGACCCAAGUCCUCAUACAGCAACCAUCAGCGCAGCAAAUCGCACCACCAGUCCUACCGCCCUGCAACGUCCAUGACACAUCAUGCUCAAAAUGAUGAGCCUGAACGCAAAGUUUACGAUGACGCCAGGGUCUCAUCCCUCGAAGCACAAUUCCAAGCCUUGAGAGAGCAAAUGGAGACAGAUGUGAGCAAGCAGGGCAAUUUAAAAGAGUCGAUCAAACUAUAUGAAACGAAAAAUGCUGAACUGGAGGCAACCUGCACACAAUACCGCACGGCCCUGGACGAGCACAAAACCGACAUACGAGAUCUCAGAGGUUUGGUGUCAACCGCUAAUAUGGAACUGGAAGCAUUGCGACGAAGCCAUUCCUUUGAAGUUGACGAUCUUCGGAGAAAACACCGCAGUGAAGUGGAGGAUCUGGAAGACCGGAAUCGCAAAAUCACUGAGCGCUCACGACGCGACAACGACGAGGAAGUGCGGAAAGUUCAACGAGAGCUUGAACUUGAAGCUGAGAGGACUUUGAAAGCACAUUCUGAACAGCUUGCAGAAAUGGAAAAAAGAUUGAAGACUGAGCUGGAAGAAGAACGCGCCAAAAGAUUACAAGAGGCACAAGAAUUCCAAGCCGAGUUCGUAGCCAAGCUUCGGGAUGCUGGUGUGGAAGCUGAUGCGAAGAACCGCGAAGCGCAGCUUUUGCAAGGAGAACUGACCAAUGUCAAAGCCGAAUUGGAUCGCGAACGGACUCUGAAGAAUGGCCUUCAAGCACAGCUUACCGAAAGCGCCACGCUUACCCUGACUUUGGAGGCUUCCAACAAAGCGAUGAAGGAAAAGAUUCAUUUUCUAGAGUCUGACAGCCAGGCCCAGUCCACCGAAUUCAACAAUCUUCACGCGCGAAUGCAAAAAGCCAUUGAGGAAGCCGAGCUCGCCAAUGAAAAGCUCCGACAGGAAGAGACUUUGCGGAGAAAGCUUCACAAUCAAGUCCAAGAGCUCAAAGGCAAUAUCCGCGUUAUGUGCAGAGUCCGCCCUAAGCACGACGCAGAGACCGAUCCGGCAAAGAUUGAAUUCCCGGAUUCGGAUGCAGACAGCAAAGAAGUGGCCGUCAAAGGACCAGAAAAAACCAGUGCUAUGGGCAAUGUCACAACGCAAAUGUACUCGUACGCUUUUGACCGAGUCUUCAGUCCCGCUAGUCAAAAUUCAGAGGUCUUUGAGGAAAUCAGCCAACUAGUGCAAAGCGCAUUGGAUGGCUACAAUGUCUGUAUAUUCUGUUACGGGCAAACAGGCUCGGGGAAGACAUUCACCAUGUCUUCGCAGGAUGGGAUGAUACCGCGUGCCACGGCCCAAAUAUACAGCGAAGCCCAACGCCUCGAGGCGAAGGGGUGGCGGUACCAAAUGGAAGGAUCGUUUGUCGAGGUCUACAAUGAAACGUACAACGACCUGCUGGGCCGUUCCGAGGACCUUGAUAAGAAGAAGAUUGAAGUGCGGCACGACACGGCGAAGAAACAGACUGUGCUUGAGAACGCAGUAUCCGUCCCACUUGACGGCCCAGAUCGAGUGGAGGAAAUCCUCUCUAGGGCUGACAAAAACAGGACAGUGGCGGCCACCAAAGCAAACAUGCGUUCAUCACGCUCACACUCUGUUUUCAUUCUCAAACUCCGUGGUGAGAAUAGCAUUACAGGUGAAAAGAGCGAGGGUACACUGAACUUGGUUGAUCUUGCUGGCUCCGAGCGAUUGGAGCACAGCAAAGCCGAAGGUGCGCGCUUGAAAGAGACGCAAAACAUUAACAAGUCGUUGAGUUGCUUGGGCGAUGUCAUCAACGCGCUAGGUUCGGCAAAGGAAGGCACACAUAUCCCCUACAGAAAUUCCAAGCUGACCUACCUCCUUCAAUACUCGCUAGGCGGGAACUCUAAGACGCUUAUGUUUGUCAUGGUCUCACCGCUUCAGGCGCAUCUCCAGGAGACGGUCACGUCACUCAAGUUUGCAACCAAGGUGCACAACACACACAUUGGCACCGCCAAAAAGCAAACCAAGACGUGAGGCGCAAGGGAAAGGUUGCUUGCAAUUGAUUUUCAAUUCUUAUCGGUCUGCUUUCUUUCUUGGAGCGUGGCGUUUCUGGGAUGCUUCGCCCAACGCUCCAUCUGGAAUCGCAGGUCCCUGUUGUUGUUGUUGUUGUUGUUGUUGUUGUUGUUGUUGUUGUUGUUGUUGUUGUUGUUGUUGUUGUUGGGUCAAGACGGUUUUCUUGGAACGUGGGACAGGGUGUGGCGUUCGUCGUUGUGCAUGUGCGUGUUUGCAUCAUUCCUUCAUGCUGGCGGCCGUGUGAAGUGCUCAGGUCCGACUAGGUUGAUAUUUUCUUGGUAUGGGGUGUUUGUCGGUCCUCUUCGUUUUUCUUCUUGGUUGGGUGAUCUUCUUGUUUUCUCUUCUUACUUUGGGAGGGAGUACAUAUGUAUAUUUUCUCACUUGUACACACGCACUCACCGACCGACUGUCCCACUCAACGGAAGCUAUAUAUCUAUGCAAUCCAAAUGAAAAGGAGGUUCUUUUCGUUCAUGACGUGUGUAUAUCAAUACUUUGCAUUAACGUCUUUCUAAUCAUGUCUUUCCAUGUCAUGACUCCGAUAGAGGACACAAAGCACGGAAUACAUGUGUAAUGAUUCAAUAAGCUUGGUAUUUUAUGAACAAGAAUGAUGAAAUGUAAGAUCUCACGACAAUUGUAGGACGUCAAUCACGAUUUCGUAAUACGGAUCAACAACUAGGAAUUUUUUCUUCUACUUGGUGCAAGUCACGACAAUAAAUUUCGAAUGAUGACUACAUACCGAGUAACGUGCAGAACCAAGCAUCUGAAGGAUAGGUAAAAUAGUACAAGUGAGUGAAUGGCCGUUAUCUGCAUCUUAAUUAUACACAUCAGAGUUACAUUGUAGCCACAUCUCUUGGGACAGUGGAGGUGAUUGAAAUAUAUUUCUUGGUCCACACAAAUGUAAUCUCCAAGCGAGCUAAAAC